AUGACGGAGAAGUUCGUAGGACUCGCUGCAUUUGACGAAGCGUCGGGGGAAAACGAGAUGAUAUAUGCUUUUUCUUCUAUUACUUUGAUCUCCCCGGGGGGCUUUAUAGCAGUCUCUUACUUCCAAAAUCGAUCGUUGACGGAAGAUAUCGACAUUAUCAUCGACCCUGAGCACGUUAAGGAUAGGGAAAUUAUUGGUCUCCUGCGCUCUCUUAUGGUUCAACAAAAACAUUGCCCUUUGUCUGGGAAGCAUCUCAGGGUGUUGGAAGCACACCUUUGGAAUGGGGCACCUACCGAUAUGCAGGAUAUCCUUGAAAUAUUGAACACCCUGAUGAAAGAACAUAAAGUUGCGGAGGCGUAUCAAGCACGAUCUGGGGAGAUGCCUUUCUGUUAUGAGGACGAGGAGGCGCUUCAUUUGAAUUGA